AUGCUGGAGGGAGGAUCCAACUCAGUGGAUUACAAUUUGUUUAAGGAAGCCAUUAAAGUUGGUUACGAAGAGUCUUUUAAUAUCAUCGAAAGUAUAGAGGAUCUGAGAAAUUCAGCCAGUGAAAAUAAGUAUAUUCCUAAACGUCUGCCUCCAAGAUUUCAGGUUACAGAAAUUCAGGAUGCUGUGUACAGGUUGUGCAACACAAAGUUGACAGUGGUGUUUAUGGAUUACAACCAUGGCAAGUUUUCAAGAGAUUCAGCUGUGAAACUUAUUGUCAGUGGUGUGAUGAAUGAAUUACAAGAGGCCCAUGGGCCUUGA